AUGCCCCGCGAAAUCGUGACGGUGCAGGUCGGCCAGUGCGGCAACCAGCUCGGCCAGCGCUGGUUCGAUGUCAUGCUUCAGGAGCACAAGGCCCACCCGCAUUUUCCCGAGGGCCGCGACGCUGUCUUUCUCGAGGACAUGAAUCGCCCCGGCCGGCUUAAGGCGAGGUGUGUGGCGGUCGACAUGGAGCAGGGCGUUCUGCACGCAAUGCUGCGUGGGCCGCUGAAGGACAUCUUCGACGCCAACUUCUUCAUCUCCGACGUCAGCGGCGCCGGCAACAACUGGGCUGUGGGGCACAUGGAGUACGGCGACCGCUACAUCGACGCCAUCGCGGAGUCGGUGCGGAACCAGGUGGAGCAAUGCAACUGCAUCCAGUCUUUCUUCUUGAUGCACUCCCUGAGCGGCGGCACCGGCUCCGGGCUCGGCACGCGUGUGCUUGGCAUGCUGGAGGACGAAUUCCCGCACGUGUUUCGUAUUUGCCCAGUCGUCAUGCCAUCCGAGGUGGACGAUGUUGUAACGGCGCCGUACAACAGCUGCUUCUCGCUGAAGGAGCUGAUCGAGCACGCGGACUGCGUGCUGCCGCUCGACAACGACGCCCUGGCGCGCAUGGCAGACCGCGCCCUCAGCAGCAGACCCAAGGGUCGUGGUGUGAUGGCAAGCGGUGUGCCGCAGCCGCAGGCCUUCUCGGCAGCGAAGCCGACCGACACAAAGGGUCUUCCCUACGACUCGAUGAACGGGCUUGUGGCCCAGCUUCUGAGCAACCUCACCUGCGCCAUGCGCUUUCCUGGGCCGCUGAACAUGGACAUCAACGAGAUCACGACGAACCUCGUCCCGUUUCCGCGGCUGCACUUCCUCACUGCUGCGAUCGCGCCGCUGAGUGUGUCGAGCAAGCACGCUGCCGUUGGACCACGCACGGUGGAUGCGAUGAUCUCCGCAUGCUUGGACCCGGAGCACCAGUUCGUGGAUGUCCGUCACGGUCAAGGCAGCGCUGUGACACGAGAGGCCGGCAGGACUCUAGCGACAGCGCUCAUCGCGCGCGGCCCGCAGACAACCGUGGGCGACCUCACCCGUGGCGUCGGACGGCUGCGCGAGCAGAUGGAGAUGCCGUACUGGAACGAGGACGGCUUCAAGACGGCGCUGUGCGGGGUCAGCCCGCUGGGCCACAAGGACUCCAUGCUGCUCCUCGCCAACAACUGCUCUAUUCGCGGCAAGGUCGAGUCGAUGCUCUCCAAGUAUGAGCGGCUCUACUCGGUCCGCUCCCACGUGCAUCACUACGAUCAGUACCUCUCCGAUGCCUACUUCGUGCAUACAGUGGAGACGCUGCGUACGCUGGUGGACGACUACGCCUACCUGGACAGGGUGGCGCCGCCGAAGGACUUGCCGCGCAGCAUGAAGGAUCUCGUCUACUACUAA